AAUGGAGAGAGUUGGGGCAAAAUUAGCUAAAUUCCGUUUGCAACUUGCUAAAAAUCCUUCCGUCCUCUGCCUCUACUUCGUAUACUUCUUGUCCUUCUCCUUUUUAGGGUUCUUGGCCCUCAAGAUCUCGAAGCCAAGAACCACGUCACGUCCUCAUGACUUGGACCUCUUCUUCACUUCUGUCUCCGCCAUCACCGUCUCCUCCAUGUCCACCAUCGACAUGGAAGUCUUCUCCAACACCCAUCUUAUCUUCCUCACUAUCCUCAUGUUGCUCGGCGGCGAGGUCUUUACUUCAUUCCUCACACUCUACUUCUCCCAUUUCACCAAAUUUGUCCUCCCUCAUAACAAGAAUAUUAGACACCUUAUGGGCUCUUUCGACUUGGAUAGUCCGAUAGAAGAUCGCCGUAUUGACCUCGAAAACGUUACUGAUCAUCGUGUGGAUCCAAGCCAGAUCAAUGAGAGGGCAUCGAAGUGCUUGUACUCAGUGGUUCUUGGUUAUCAUCUUGUAACCAACAUAGCUGGCUCCGUGUUGGUUCUUGUAUACGUGAACUUUGUUAAAACGGCGGGAGAUGUUCUUAGUUCCAAGGAAAUCUCACCUCUCACCUUCUCGGUCUUCACAGCUGUCUCCACGUUCGGAAACUGUGGAUUUGUCCCCACGAAUGAGAACAUGAUCAUCUUCCGCAAGAACUCGGGCCUUCUCUGGCUCCUUAUCCCUCAAGCAUUGAUGGGAAACACUUUGUUCCCUUGCUUUUUAUUGUUUCUCGUUUCGGGACUUGAUAAGAUCACAAAGUACGACGAGUUUGGUUAUAUUCUCAACAACUACAAGAAGAUGGGAUACUAUCAUCUACUCUCCGUUCGUCGUUGUGUUCUUCUUGGAUUGACGGUGUUAGGUUUUUUGACGAUACAACUUAUUUUCUUCUGCGUCUAUGAAUGGAGCUCGGAGUCUCUUGAAGGAAUGAAUUGGUACGAGAAGUUCGUUGGAUCGUUGUUUCAAGUGGUGAACUCGAGACACACCGGAGAAACAAUUCUCGACGUCUCCACACUUUCCCCAACUAUCUUGAUACUCUUCAUCCUCAUGAUGUAUCUUCCUCCGUACACAUUGUUUAUGCCGUUUACGGAAGAAACGAAUGAGAAAGGAGAGGAUGAUUCCGAAAAUGGAAAGAAAAGGAAAAAGAGUGGGCUUUUCGUGUCACAACUUUCCUUUUUGGUAGUAUGCAUCGUUCUCAUUUCCAUCAGCGAAAGGGAAAAACUACGACGAGAUCCACUCAACUUCAACGUCCUUAAUAUCACUCUCGAAGUUAUCAGUGCAUAUGGAAACGUCGGGUUCACGACCGGGUACAGCUGCAAACGGCGCUUGAAUGUGAGUGACGGUGGCUGCGAAGACGCGAGUUAUGGGUUCGUGGGACGGUGGAGUCCCGCUGGGAAAGUCAUACUUAUACUAGUAAUGUUUUAUGGUAGGUUUAAGCACUUCACACCCAAAUCUGGCCGGGCAUGGAUUCUUUAUCCCUCCUCUUUCUGACACAUCAUAUACAAAAAUACAU